UCACGCACAAUUUGAAUGAUAUAUCAGACAAAUCGAUCUUAUAUUUCGGUGUUUGAAGUCAAUUAAAACAAGAUCAGAAAACGGAUCAAUUAUACAUGUUCUUUAUUUUGUCACUUGCGUAACAUUGACACAAAUGUAGUGUUCAGGUACAAUCAUUCAGUGAAUGAAGAAGAAAGUUCCAAUAUGCCGACACCACUGAGGACCCCUAGCACAUUAGACAUGUUACCGAGGUCGCCAUCUAAAAUUCAUCCUGACUUAUUACAUUUACAACAACGACGUAAAGCACAAGAUGAAAUUCAAGGCGACUGGAAGAGAGAACGCUUGCCAUCUUAUUCAAGAGCAAACACCUUGCCCAUUAUAACACAAUCAGAACCAGCCUUCCAUUCACCGUUAACAGACAGAUCAAAAAGUGGACGAUAUCAGUUACUUAAACGGAGAUCAAAAAGUCCCGUAGACAUUAAACCUUACCAGGCAAGAUUAUCAGACAGAUUAAAGACUCCAGAUUUCAACGCACUUGUAUUGAAAAAUCGUCCAAUUCCACAACUCUUUGACCGUGUUGACGAAAAUGAAGAAUUUAAAACUAGAAGCAUUCAAGAAUGGAAGAACCAAGUGGUUAAAAUUGUGCCUAAAAGACCAUCGUUUGCAAUAGCAAUGGACUGGAAAGCUCCUCCUGCUGAAUGGGAUGAUAGAGACCAAUAUUUAUAUUCCCCGAAACCCAUGUUCUACAAGAACAAAAAGUUUGUGUCAGAAAGAGACUUUGUUGUGAAUCCAGAAUGGGGAUCAGAGAAAAAGAAAGUUUCUGUGAAUUCACCAGCUUAUAGUACAUGUGCGCUGAGAUAUGGUUGGUGCUGCUAACAUUCCACAUUCUUAACACGACUGACUAUAUAUACCAAACAUACAGGAUUCUUCCAAAUAACAGUCUUUUGAUUGGGAUAUUUGAUUUAUUAUUUCCAUUCUUAUUAUUAAUAGUAAUGGAAGACCGACACUGCUUUUGAUAUCCACACAGGAGCAAAAUUCCCAAAGUCUUUGGAGAAAUAGCAUUAUUUUAACGCUUUAUGAAUUUUAAGAAAACAUAUUUGUUAAUUUCUGAAUUAUUAUUAUAAAUGUAUCAAGCAAUAAUGAAUAUUUAUAUAAGUGGAAGUUUGUAAGGUCCUUAUUUACAGGUAUCAGGACAGUGUUUAAUUGAAUAUGAUUUAAAAAAAAUAAUAAAUUGAAACCAAUUUUAUGAUAAAUAUAUAUUUGUACAGAAAUAAAAAUAAAGAUUAAAUAUA